CUUUCUUAUUUCUCAACCCAUAUAAAUAAAUAAAACCUCACCUCUUCUCUCAACCUAAAAAAUAUUCACUAAGAUUUAUUUUCUUUUUUUAUUCAUUCAUUAUUUCUUCCUACCCUUUAUCUUAUAAUUUCUCAUUGCUUCCCCGGUAAUUCAAGAUCAACUUGGAAAUUUUGCAAGAUUUUGGAUGAAAUCUGGUCGGAUCUUGCUUUCUGGGAUGGGGAUUUUGGUGGGUCUUAUUUCAAUACAAACCUAUUCUUCUUCUUCUUCCAAUCUCAUCACCCUCCCAUAGACAAACCAUAAUUCAUUCUUUCUCCCUCCUCUCUUCCUCUUCAAAAUCCAAUUUUCCCAAAUGGGGAUGGCUGCUGCAGAGUCACCGUUUCAUGUCUUGGCUGUUGAUGACAGCCUCAUAGAUAGGAAGCUCAUUGAGAGGCUCCUCAGAACCUCUUCCUAUCAAGUUACCACAGUUGAUUCUGGUAGCAAGGCUUUAGAGUUUCUGGGGUUGAAUGAGAAUGAUGAGAGCAACCCAAGUACACCAUCUGUUUCUCCCAACAAUCAUCAUCAGGAGGUGGAGGUGAAUCUUGUUAUAACUGAUUACUGUAUGCCUGGAAUGACAGGCUAUGACUUGCUUAAGAAAAUCAAGGAAUCUUCAUCUUUGAGAAACAUACCAGUGGUGAUCAUGUCAUCUGAGAAUGUGCCUUCAAGGAUUAACAGAUGCUUAGAGGAAGGGGCAGAAGAGUUUUUCUUGAAGCCUGUGAGGCUGUCAGAUUUGAACAAGCUUAAACCCCAUAUGAAGAAAACCAAGUUGAAAGAUCAAAAGCAAGGAACAGAAGAUAAACUUGAUAACUCAGAAGUUCAACAGCUUCAACCACAACAACAAAUCCAAAAUGACCUGCAAGAAGCACCAAAACCCCAAGAUCCUCAGCCAGAGUCAGAGUCACAUUUAGAACAGCCGCAACAAUCACUACAACAAGCCAAUAACAAGAGGAAGACCAUAGAACAGGGUCUUUCACCUGAGACUGACAGAACAAGACCAAGAUACAGUGGCAUAGCUACUGUGGUAUGAAGAUAAAUCAUUGCCAAAUAAUUUUCUUCAAUUUCAAAAAAUGUAAUUCUCAUAUAACUUUUUUCUUUUAAAAAAAAAUUAACUCCAGUGUUGGUUAAUAUAGGCUCUAUAGGAGUGUAGUAGAGUUGUUUCCUGUACACAUUUUCCUGGAAAUAUUUCCUUCCAAUUUUGCUUCACCAAUAUAAAUGAAAAAGGAAAAAAAAAAUUGAAUUGAGUAAGAAAUCGGA